AACACCAGCAUUAGCUUUUGCCGACACAGCAGCUAUUGAAUGUCAAGUUUGAAGGACAAAUGUCGAUUUGUUUUAUUUGAUUUGAAUCUAAAGGGUGGUUUUCUUUAUGUUUUUACCAGUUCUUCGUGGAAAUACCCUCAACAAAGGAAGCUUAGGGCGGGGGGUUUCUUUUGACGUCAACAGUCUGGCAACAGACAUGAAUGCGUCUGUGUAUCGCCUCUCCGAUUGGUCCUUCCGUCACAUAGCUGUUGUGAUUGGUGAGAGCUCAGCUAGCGCAGUUACAUAUACCUGCGCGAGCUUCCAUUUUGUUGCAAAUCAGACAGUCGAGAGGGAUUAGAAGUAUACACAUCUUUUACACCGUGUAAGGUCCACACAUUUCGAGAUUCUCCACCCAAAGAUUUCAGACUUCAAUUAAAAAAUCUCUGACAAACGGCUUUUACCAACCAAGCCUGAGGAAGUCGAUCGCCGCCUUGGAGCAUUUUCGUGCGCUGAAGUGAAUUGAUGUUCUACUCGACUUCACGGGAAAACGACGCUCAUUGGCACAUGACAACUCCAGAUCUUGCUGGACCUAAAAGUGCAGCGAGAAGGAGAUCGAAGACUACGUCGAGGACCUGGAGCCCAAUUGGAAAGGAGAAAUUAAGGAUACAUCUCUGCACAUUCAACUUUCUAACAACAAAGAGGUGACACACUGUGUGAAAAGUACAGUAUGGGAGGUGGAGAGAGGUACAACAUUCCAGUGUCCCACCCAGAGCGCCCAUUGCCCAAGAAGAACCAUCAGCUGGGCCGGGCCAAGCAGAGAGUUGUCCGCGAUCAGAAUGGAAUGACAACAGUAGCAUCCUCAGGGGCGGCGGGAGGUCCUCACCAACAUGGCCACCGCAAGGGCGCAGCCUACCCCUGGUUUCCAGAGGCGCGGCUGGCCGCGUCGGCUGAGAAGAAAAAUGCUUCUGUCCGUUUUGCCAACGCCUACGAUCAGAAUUGGGAGGGCGCUGUGUCCCACCUGAACACACUUCUGGCUGCCCAGUGUGGCGGCCCGAGCUAUGCAGGGGCCAAGUUCAGCGAGCCACCCUCCCCCAGCGUGCUACCCAAGCCCCCCAGCCACUGGGUCCCCAUGGGUACCCGUGACAGCAGGGAGAUUAUGGCCUUCCAGCUGAAGAGCCUCCUCAAGGUGCAUGCCUAGAGAUGGACUCCCAUAACCUGGUCUUUCAAAGCCAACGUGUGAACGAAUGCCCCUCUGAAGACUCCUGCCUGCCUAGAAUGCCCCAGCGUUGUAAUACACUUUUAGCUAUUUUAGAUUGAGGUCUUCGCAGGGUGGGAGGCAUUUUGCUGGGAAAUCUCUCUGCAAAUGUUUGGCACCCUUUUUUGUUGAGAAACCACAGAUAUUACAGCGCUGCAGCCUUGUCGGUGGGGGAGAAUGUUCUCAUUGGAGUCUGUUUCUGUCACUAACGUUGAACUGGAUAUCCUUCGUAUUCGUGCUCUGUUCUUUUAUUUUUUGUUUUGUUGUUUUUUUGUUGGCCGUUAUAGCAAGUCUGUGGGCUUCUCUUCCCAAACGGUAGGGUUGGAUAUUGUUAGUAUUCACAUGUUCAUGCGGUCUCAUUUACAGUCCAUUUCUGUGGGCAGGUAAUUCUUACUUUGGCACGUUAAGUUCUGUUAAUCAUUAAGGAUUUCACCUCUGACAACCUGGUGCUGCCUGAAGCACAAUCUACAAUAGUAGCAUUUCUUUUUAGUUUGACUUAUUAUUUUCCAUCUUGUUUUUGGGGAUGUAAAAGCCACUGUUCUGCAGGGAAACCAGAGCUAUCUUUCAGGCGAGAAUCAGCUGUAGUAGUGAGUACAGGUCACAAAUAUAACCUCAAACUGAAGUGUAGAGGCCAUGGCACACAGGCCUUGGACGUUCAACUCCUGUACUUUUUUAUUGCGCUGUGCGCACUGCACUAUGGCAGUUGUGCUGGUCCAAGGCCUGCAGCUCUAUCAUACAAUUAUUUUGUCUAUUUGUGAUGUAGUUAAUCAAUGAGUCAGUUUUGUCUUAACCAAAGCAAUGUCUUUUGCUGUGAUUUUUUUAUAUUUUUUUCUCUCGCCAUCUCUCCCUUGUAUGUCUGACGUGGUUACCAGUGCCAUAUCAACCACGUUGGCUUGAGUGGCGCAGGGAAUUUGUCCUCUGGGUCACUUUUUCAAUGCAAUCAGUACUGCUAUUAGCCACUUUCAAACUAUCUCCUUCCCUACUGAAACCCCACCCAGUAAACAAUGCGGAAGAGGGCCAGAUUCAACAGGGAUGUGGGACUGUAAGUUUCGCAACCUCGAUCUCCUGUGUCAUGGCCCUGUUUGCUGUGUGGCAGUUUCUUAUGAGGAAGUGCAAAGUUGAGAGAAGUGCGUAAUGUGGCACAGAGGACAUUAGGCGCAAGGCCAGUGUGGAUCUGUUUACAUUUAAAGUCUCCAGCAGCAAUCUCCAGAUACUCACUGCCUCCUGCACCCUACUCUUGCACUGCAAUCAAAAUUGUUUUCAGAAGUUACAGGCUGAGAGGCCCUUUAUAUUGGUGGGUGGUUAAUUGACUAUCUCCCUCUAGGUUCUAAUUUGAGGGGAGGCAGUCUUUUAUUUUCUUUGCAGAAUGGGAACUGUAAUGGCCAUCUUAGAGACGACAAAACGGAGCUCACGAGCUUGAAAUAAGUUAAAGAGCCAUGUAAAUAAUGAAAUGUAUAAAAAAUACUUGUAGCAUAUGUACAUUUAGCAGGGUGUUUUUAAACCUGCUUGAUAAAGUAUUUUUUAGUAAUAACACUGAAUGUAUAAGUCAUGCUAAGGACAUGUCUUGACUUCAAAUACUGAAUAUUUUUGUAAAAAAGAAAUCUGCCUAUAGCAUUUGUCAAUACCCCUGCACUGUGCAAUUAUUGCCAGUAAUCUUGCACAUAAUGUUUUUUAUUUUGUAUUAUGCACAGUGUAGGGUAAAAAAUGCAGUGUGCAAAAAAACGUAACUUACAUUUGACCUUUUGAGUUGACUUCGAUAUGUAUGAAUUGUUAAAUUAUUUUAGUUUCCAGGUGUGCUACAGCCUGAAGACAGCCACUGUGGGCUAGUUUCCCAGACAGAUUAACCCCAAACCUGGAUUAAAACAACUAUUUCAAUGGAUAGUCUCCAUUGAAAUUAUUUUUUUAUCCGGGACUACUUAUGAUCUGAAUGGAAAAUGUGCCCUGAAUUGAGUUUGUCAACUUGAUUGUGCCUACAUUUUAACCCAACAUUGCAAACUUCUGUUGUUGAAUCAACAUGGACUUGUAUUUUUUGAUUAGGUAAUGUUAUUCAUUGACCAAAAAUGUAUAUCUUAAAACCACCUUCAAUUAUCUGCUGUUCUUCUGCUAGAAGAUAAUUGAAUUUGGCCCUAUGUUAUUGUGAAACUGUUUUUCAUCUGCUUUUGUUUUGAUAUCUGUGUUUUUAAUGCAUUGCUGUUUAUUUUUAAAACAAAGAUGUCCUGUUGGUUUCUGCUAAUGAUUCAUACAUGUAUAAGGCUCUUCAUCCUAAAUUUGAAACUGAAGGGUUUCUCAACAAAUUGGCUUUUAAUUUGUCCCAUUUGUUUACUGUCACCAAUGAAUAUGAAAAUAUGCCACAUGUCCAGACUUGAUUUGAAUUUGACAAAAAAAAGAAACUCGAGCACUACUUUAAUUGGUCUAAUCAAAGUAACCCCCAAAAAUAAAAUCCCUUCCCUUUUCCCCCCUA